UAAUGACGUUUUCCUAUUACAUCAUGUUUGAAGUUGAGGGCUUUUUAAGAAGAACUGUUGGUCAGAGAGUUACUCACCAAGAAAGAAUGGAUCACUCCUGGCUCUUUGAGCUACUCUUGCUGAAUACCCUCAUCUACUGUGGUCAAGCUCAAUAUAUGCCCUGGGCCUCAGUAAGCAUUGUCUCUCCGCAAAAGCCACUGUGCACAGAAGAAAAAGUCACUCUACAGUGUUACAUACCAGAAUACACAGACUGGUCUUAUGUCUGGUACAGAGACUACAAACACCUUCCCAGUGAGACCAGUAAAACCAUCACCAUCACCUCUCUCCCAGACCAGGCUGGUCAGUACCAGUGUCAGGGGAUGAGGACAGGUUGGCCCAAAUCAUCAUAUCUUAGUCCUUACCACCCUAUCAGUGUUGCUGUUCCUGAAUCCUGUACAUCAGUCCAUUCUGGAGUGUAUGUGGGUCUGGUUGUUGCUGCAUUUCUACUAAUAUUUAUCUUUGUCCAGCGAAAAGUUUCCUUUUGUAACAUACAAUUCUGGCCCAUCCAUCCCCAGAGAACCAACCAGGACCCCCAACAGGACCAAGGAUCUACCCAGGUUCAGUCUCCUGAUGCUGGGUCUACAGUUCAGCAGCAUGGUCAAUCUCCUGAUGCUGGGUCUACAGUUCAGCAGUAUGGUCAGUCUCCUGAUGUCAGCAGCAUGGUCAGUCUCCUGAUGCUGGGUCUACAGGUCAGCAGCAUGGUCAGUCUCCUGAUGGUGGGUCUACAGGUCAGCAGCAUGGUCAAUCUCCUGAUGCUGGGUCUACAGUUCAGCAGUAUGGUCAGUCUCCUGAUGCUGGGUCUACAGUUCAGCAGUAUGGUCAGUCUCCUGAUGCUGGGUCUACAGGUCAGCAGCAUGGUCAGUCUCCUGAUGCUGGGUCUACAGGUCAGCAGCAUGGUCAGUCUCCUGAUGCUGGGUCUACAGGUCAGCAGCAUGGUCAGUCUCCUGAUGCUGGGUCUACAGGUCAGCAGCAUGGUCAGUCUCCUGAUGCUGGGUCUACAGGUCAGCAGCAUGGUCAAUAUGCUGAUGCUGUACAACUUCACCUCCUCCACUCUGAUCCUGAACAUUGGUGUUCCAGAAGGCUGUGUGCUGAGCCCUCUCCUGUACUCCCUCUUCACCUACAACUGGGUUUCUGUACACAGUUCCAACACCAUUGCCAAGUUCGCAGAUGACCUCACGGUGGUAAGCCUGAUCAAUGACUAUGACGAAUGCUCUGUGGCUGACCGGAAGGCCCACCAAGCACAUCACUGGUGCCCAGCUCCCAACCAUCGUAAACCUCCCAACCAUCGUAAACCUCCAGCGCAAGCAGUGUCCAUGUAG